UUUGCGGACGUCGAAAAUAAUUAUACGGAUAAAAAUUUUCUGGAAGACAUCCGUGAUCUUCUUAAAGAAGUAUUCCCACUGUACCAGCAAUUGCAUGCGUAUGUUCGCCGAAAACUUAUUAACAAAUAUCCAGAAAGCGGAAUCGAAAGCAAACGGUCCAAUUCCUGCACACUUACUCGGACACAUCCAUGGAUUCGAUUGGUCUGCACUGAAUGACUUCGCUAAACCGUAUCCCCAAAAGCUUCCGACUGACGAACUGAACAUUGAUGCGCAGUUUACAGGAAAACAAUGGUCCACGGAGAAGAUGUACAAAACCGCUGAGAAAUUUUACACCGAUCUGGGUUUGGAACCGCUACCCGAGUCGUUAUGGAAAGAUUCCGUGUUUGUUAAAUCAACCGAUAAGGAAAUGGUCUGUGAUUAUUCUUCGUUUGAUUUCCACGACAAAUCUACGUUUCGUGUCAAAGCGUGCGCCAACACAACGCUGAAAGACCUGGUGGCUAUUCAUCGUGAAAUGGGACGCCUUCAUUACGCUUUGGCCUACCGAAACCAACACGUACCGUUCCGUAGCGGAGCACAUACAGGACUUUUCGAAGCCGUUGGCGCAUCAAUUUCGUUGAAUGCCAGGACGCCAAAACAUUUAGUGAAAAUCGGUCUGCUGAGCGAGGAACAAGCCGGCAGGCUUAGUGAUCCGCUGGGACUUCUGAACUUUCUGUUUUCUACGGCACUGGACACCAUUGCCUAUUUGCCGUUCGCCUACGUAGUCGACAAAUACCGUUACGAUGUUUUUGACGGAAGGAUUACGAUGAAUGAUUUAAAUACCAAGUGGUGGAGCAAUGUAAUAAAAUUUCAAGGAUUAUGUUCGACCGAGCCCAGAACGGAAGACGAUUUUGAUCCCGGGGCGCUUUAUGAAAUCAACUCCGAUACUCCAUACAUUCGAAAUUUCGUUAGCACUAUCCUGCAAUUCCAAACAAAAGCGUUGUGCGGAAUUGCUGGUCAAACAAAAAAUCCUUACGAGUGUGAUAUCGACGGAUCAAAAGAAGCUGGAAAAAUUCUGCAAGAAACGAUGUCGCUCGGAUCUUCAACGCCAUGGCAGACGGUAAUGCAAAAGUUAACCGGAACAGUAAAGCUGGACGCAGCACCGCUUCUUGAUUAUUUCCAACGGUUACACGAAUGGCUGGAAAGGGACAACACACAGCACAACGUUUUCGUGGGAUGGGAAGAAAACAUCAUAUGUGGAAAGUAAAGCGCUCGGAACCACCUUUUCUCCUGUUUUAUUACCACGGGUGAAGAAUAAUUACGAAAUCAUGAAUACUGUCACACCCGAAAAUUACCGAAACAGUUGUUAUGAUUAAUUAAUUUAUGAGGUGUCCAUGUUCGUGUGUUGUGUAACUGAGCGGGGAAGUUCGGCAAUCAAAAUAAAUAAGAGAAAU